AUGCUUGACCACGACGAACUGGACCAAGUAGACCACCCCGAGGAUCCCCCCAGCGCCGUUCUGCGACAUAUCAAGGACCCCAUCCAUAACUACAUCCCCGUUUAUCCGCUGCUGUCGCGGUUUAUCGACACAAAGCAGUUUCAACGUCUACGCAACAUCAAGCAACUCGGGACCACAUGUUAUGUCUGGCCAGGAGGGUCGCACACGCGCUUUGAACAUUGCCUGGGUGUCGCGUUCCUUGCACGUCAGAUGGCUACCCACCUCCAGAAGAGCCAGCCAAACCUGGAGAUCACGGACCGCGACGUUACUUGCGUCGAAAUUGCUGGCCUUUGUCACGACCUCGGCCAUGGGCCAUGGAGCCACGUCUGGGACGGGCUGUUCAUUCCCGCUGCCCUGCCUGGCGCCGAAUGGAAGCACGAAGACGCAUCCGAGAUGAUGUUCAAGGACAUGGUUGAGAAGAACAAGAUCCAAAUACCAAAGGAAGACCAAGAGUUUGUGAUGGCUUUGAUUGCGGGGGAGCAUUCUCGAGUACCACACGAGAAAGCAUUUCUCUUCGACAUCGUUGCCAACCAGAGGAACGGAUUAGACGUGGACAAGUUCGACUACAUCCAUCGCGAUUCCCAUAUGAUCGGCGAGCCUAUCCACUUGUCUCUCGCCCGUCUCGUGCACUCUGCGCGCGUUCUCGACGAUCAAAUCUGCUACGACAUCAAGGACGCGAAUCAGAUUUAUGAGAUCUGCCAGGCGAGGUUCAAGUUGCACAAGAUUUUCUAUAACCACAAGGCAGCAAAGGCGAUCGAAUACAUGAUCAUCGACGGUCUGAUGGCGGCUCAGCCGUACAUGAAGAUCGCAGAGCGGAUCACGGACCCGAACAAGUUCCUGUAUCUGACGGACGACAUCAUGCUGCGAAUCGAAUCUUCGGAAGAGCCGGAGCUUGAGCCUGCUCGUAAAAUCUUCGACCGCAUACAUGAACGGAACCUUUACAAGUGCGUCGACUACAAAGUUAUCGACUGGCCCCAUCGCGAACUUUUCCGUGCCAACAUCACAAAGGCUGCCAUCGUGAAGGAGGCGAGGGCGCUCCGUCUUUCUGGAGUGUCGACACCCGUCCUUGAGACGACCCUGGGAGUAGGCAUGGAGGAUCAAACCGAUGUGGACGAGAUGCUUGCGACAAGCGCCAGUGCAGAAUCGAUGAUGGUGGACGAGCUGGAGGAGGAGGAUGUGAUUGUCGACUUCUCGAUGAUGCAUUAUGGGAAGAAGGAAAAAAAUCCCUUGGAUUUUGUUAGGUUUUACUCCAAGAGGAACAUGAACCAAUCGCAGAAAGCGGAACGAGGCGUCUAUUCGAACCUCACUCCCCAAUACUUUGCCGAGGACCUUCUAAGGGUUUACACGAAGAAACCCCAGUUCUUUGGGCUCGUGCAAGCAGGAUACCGCGCUGUCCUCAGGCGCCUGGGUGACGCUGCACCGGGUGAAGAAGGUCGAACCGGACUUGGACUGGACUUGGGCUCCUCCCAAACUGACGUGGCCGCCUCCGCUGAUACCGAUGUAGAAGGUGACGAUUCGGCACAGGACAAGAAAGCUGACACCCAUCCUCAGCCUACUCCUCCUGAGACUGAGGCUCCGUCGACCCCUCGAGCGAAGUCGCUCACCCACUCGCGCCAGGGCAGCAUGACACUCACCUUGGGCAAACAGGGCAUUGUCGGCUCGGUCUCCAACGUGAAUGCGACACCGUUCUCGAAUAACUGCUUUACAACUGUGCCUCCUAGCUUUGGAGCCCCGCCGAGCCCGACGCGGGCUGGGUCUGUGCGCAGCGUGAAAGGGAGGAUGAAGGGUAGGAGUCAGAGUAAAGGUGCUGGGACUGGUGGUUCUUCAGGUAAGAGGAAGCGAGAGGAAGCGAUGGACGAUGGAGAAGCAGAGGCAAAGAAGAAGAACACGUGUCGUCCUCCUUUCCGUCAGUCCGCCACCAGUUUGAACCAGCUCUUUCUAAUCAGCCCUCCUUCCUCCUUGGCCGUCAAAAAAAUCGCGAAAAUACAGUCCAUGCCACAGAAGCAACUUGCCUUCGUCUCCUCAACCAUCGCUUCUGUGUCCAAUCACCUCAAACCUCACAAAGCAGAAGCUGUUCAACGUAUACGCACCAAUGGAUUGUGCCUCAUAGCAACAUUGAUUCUAUCGUAUCUUUUACCUCUACCCUCGGUUCCCUCCGCUGUACGAGCCAUACUGUCUGUGAGCCACUAUCAGCGUUGGUCGGCGGAGUGGGUUUGGGAAUGGUUGUGUUUACUCGAGGUCGGAAUGAUAAGUUUGCUUGCAUAUAACAUGCUUGAAGCAGCGUAUGCCCUCAAAUAUCCGCGCAAACCGCUACCACCUGUCACCUCACCUGCAAAGCCCAAGACACCAGCCACACCCUUGUCGACGCCACAAAGAUCCUUCAAAGUACUUUCACCAAACACAAGCCCGCAAGUGCAAAAGCCUUUUGCAUUCACACCCGGAGCCUCGACGUCGCUCACCUCCGCGUCGAUAGCACUUUCAAGUUCUGGUGCAAAUAAACCUUAUGUUCAGUCGCCGGUUUCAACGCCUUCGCGAAUCCUCAAUUACACCCUGCCACCUUCGGCAUCUACAAACACGCAAGCGUCCUCAACCUCAGAUUACCUUUCCACACCGAGCCCCGUAAUUUCUGCAUAUAGAGGGAGGCAUUCUGGUACUGAUGUUGGACGCGCAUUGGAUGGCUCAUACUUGUCAAGGAUCGCCGCCAACGAAGAUGAAGAAAAUUGA